AUUACAUGAGCAGUUCGUGGCAAGAUGGCGCCUAGACUUGUUCCCGCUGUCAUUCCUCGCAUCCAGAACCACAUCGCCGAGUUAGAAGCCCAAAUCGCCUUUCUCGAAGAACAAGCCCAGGCGGAGGGCGACAGCGACCUCAGCGAGGUGUACCAGCAGGUCAAAACCUCCCUCAAAUUCGGGAGAGCCCAGAAGACAGCACUCGGGAACCUAGAAACCGCUUGGAACAAGUACUUUGAGAACAACCCCGCCCCGACCGACAAAGAGUACUGGACCGCCGAGGGCCAGGAGCUUGCCCUUCGUGAGCUGCGCCAGAUGGCAGUGUGGGGCGUCCCCGGCGAUGUCACGCCAAGGGAGAUUCGCGCCCUCUGCCCAGACCCAUCCGCUGUUGUCUACGUCACCGCGCCCACGCCCAUAAACGCCCACUUCUUCGUCAACGUGACCUUCAAGACCCCCGCCGCCGUCGACGCCGCCAUGGCCCUCGUCAACGGCGCGCUCCUCGGCGCCACGCACGUCGCGGCCUCGAAACCCCUCCCGAAAGCCACGCCGACAACCACGCCCACGCCGGCACCCGGAUCCAAGCGCAGCGCCUCCAACCGCUCCCCCUCGCCCCCCUCAAACUCUCACUCUUCCGCCGCCGCCGACGUGAACGACAACGAGAACAUCUCCCCCGAGCGUGGUGGCCCCAGCACGAAACGUGCGCGCACCCAGGAGCCCGAAGCGCAGGUGAGUGGUAUCGAUGAACAAGCAGAAUAUGAGGAUAUUUCGGACGAGGUAACUCAACGGCUUGAGAAGCAGCGGUUGGCGCGUGAGAGGAGCCUGACGCCGGGUGGCACGGCGACGAAGCGGGCGUACGGCGAGGGGCUUGGUGGCCUAGCUGGGGUGGAGGAGGAAGAAGAGGUAGAAGGGGAGGAAAGGGAGGGAGAGGGGGGGCGGAGUCCGGUGAGGAAGAGGGCGAGGGCGGCGUGA